ACUAAAACAAACCCAAAAAAGAAAAAAAAGACAAAUUUCUUUUCUUUUCUUUUCUUGGGUAAUAUACAAAUUGUAGGAGGUCGGCAAAGGGCGGCGGAUCUGUACAUACAUUCUAAGGCAGAAGGAGGAAUGCGGCGGCGCCCGGCGGUUUGAACAGUCGGGCAAAGUCGAGGAAAAAACAAAAAAUACGUAGAAUAUUCCAAAUUAAACACAAAAAAAAAAAAAAAAAAAACACAAAACAAAACAAAACAAAAAAAAAAAAAAAAACAAAAAAUGGCUAUUAGGAGAGUGUCAUGGAAGAGGAAGAUGUGUGGGAUGAAAGAGAUUGAAAACGAGAUAGAAAGAGCGUCUUUGGACGAAGGAAGCUCUCAUCACAAUAGCAUCAAUGCCGGCAUUCUUCCCUCUCUUGGUGCUCGUAGCAAUCGCAAAAUUAAUUUUCACCCCUUCAUCAUCUCUCCCUUUGAUCCUCGUUAUAGGGCAUGGGACACGUAUCUAGUACUUCUUGUGUUCUACACGGCGUGGGUGUCUCCUUUUGAAUUUGGGUUCCUAGAGUACCCAGGCUGGGUUCUGUCCAUCUUAGACAACGUUGUGAACGGGUUUUUCGCCAUCGACAUCGUCUUGACGUUCUUUGUCGCGUAUCUUGACAAGACCACUUAUCUUAUGGUAGACGACCCGAGGAAGAUUGCUUGGAGGUACGCCAAAUCCUGGUUGGUUUUUGACGUCAUUUCCACGGUGCCUUCUGAACUGGCUCGCAGCAUUUUGCCAGAUUCUGUUAAGGAGUAUGGCUACUUCAACAUGCUUCGCCUCUGGCGUCUUAGGAGAGCCAGUAAAAUGUUUGCUCGAUUGGAGAAGGAUAGGAACUUUAGCUACUUCUGGGUUCGGGUUUUAAAGCUUAUAAGCGUUACCAUGUUUGCAAGCCACUGUGCUGCCUGUUUAUACUAUCUUUCAGCUAUUCGGCACCCAAAUAAUCCAAAACAAACAUGGCUUGGACUAAUCCCGGAAGGCUUUGAAGAUGACAAUAUUUGGUCAAAUUACGUGACAUCCUUGUACUGGUCUAUCACCACUCUUACAACUACUGGCUAUGGAGAUUUGCAUGCUGUUAACACAUCUGAAAUGAUAUUUGUGAUGGGCUACAUGUUAUUCAACCUCGGCUUGACGUCAUAUCUCAUUGGAAACAUGACCAACCUCGUUGUUCAUGUAACCAGCAGAACCAGGAAAUUUCGCGAUUCGAUACAAGCAGCGUCGAGUUUUGCUCAAAGAAAUCAACUGCCAGUUCGGAUGCAGGAUCAGAUGUUAGCGCAUCUGUGCUUGAGGUAUAGAACAGACGCGGAAGGGUUGCAGCAGCAAGAAACACUUGACGCUCUCCCAAAGGCCAUUAGAUCCAGUAUUUCUAAUUACCUCUUCUAUUCUCAAGUUGACAAGGCCUACUUGUUCCAUGGAGUAUCAAACGACUUGCUCUUUCAAUUGGUGUCUGAGAUGAAAGCCGAAUACUUCCCUCCGAGAGAGGAAGUCAUAUUACAAAAUGAAGCACCAACAGAUUUGUACAUUCUUGUAAAUGGGGCUGCGGAACUUGUAUCACAUAGGAACGGAACGCACAAAGUUUACGCAGAAAUGAAGGCAGGGGAUGUGUGCGGGGAAAUAGGAGUCCUGUGCUACCGCCCACAGCCGUUUACCGUCCGUACAAAGAGACUAAGCCAGUUUCUCCGCUUGGACCGCAGUUCCUUCUUCAACAUCGUCAAAGCAAACGUCGGCGACGGCACAAUCAUAAUGAACAAUCUCCUUCAGCAUUUGAAAGACCGCAGGGAUCCGAUGAUGGAAUCGAUAUUAGCGGAUACGGAGAACAUGUUGGCCCAUGGAAGAAUGGAUAUGCCACUCACCUUGUGUUUUGCGGCCAAUCGAGGAGAUGACAUGUUGUUGAAUCAGUUGUUGAGACGGAGUAUGGAUCCCAAUGAGUUGGACAACAAUGGUCGCACAGCUUUGCACAUUGCAGCCUCGCUUGGACACCUCAAGUGUGCACUUUUACUUCUAGAAUAUGGAGCAGACCCAAAUCUAAAAGAUUCGGAGGGCACCGUGCCCUUAUGGGACGCAAUAAUGGGGAAGCACGAAACCGUGAUAAAGCUACUGGAAGACAACGGUGGAGCCAUAUCCUCGAACGAUGUUGGGCAGUACGCAUGCCAAGCGGUGGAGAUGGGCGACCUGGAGCUACUCAAGGACCUAGCCAAACACGGAGGGGACAUAACCCUUCUCAACAGCGUGGGAACCACGGCCCUCCACACCGCCAUUUCCGAGGACAAUUUGGAAAUAGUGAAGUUCUUGGUGGAGCAAGGGGCGGACAUUGACAAGCCGGACGUUCACGGGUGGACGCCGAGAGCGCUGGCGGAGUAUCAAGGGCAGAAUGAGAUCAGACAGCUGUUUAAGACGAGGGUGCAGGUUUCCGGCAAGGUACCUGCCGCCGUUGCUCUCUCUGAGAUGCCAUCUGAGGCCCCAUACCUCAAGAAGUACCCCAGCGAGCCUUCCAUCCAGUGCGCGGUUGAGAUGCCGCUGAUGCAUGUCCGGGACACCGGCACGUUAAGCAACACUAAAUGGAGGAGGAGGGCCUGCAAUUAUCGCAAUUCUCUCAUUGGUUUCAUGUCAACCGCUGAGACUCCCCCUAAUGGAGGUCUGGUUUCAUCCGGAUACGGUUUCAAAAGUCAUCAACAAAGUACUCCCAGAGUGACCAUCACCUGCCCAGAAAGUGGGGAAAAAGCAGGAAGGGUGAUCCUGUUGCCGCGGUCCUUGAAAGAGCUGACGGAAAUCGGUGCCAAUAAAUUUGGUUUUGCGGCGGACAAAGUUCUAGCCAAAGACGGAGCGUUGAUUGAAGACAUUGCAGUGAUCCGAGACGGGGAUAUCCUCGUUCUUGCAUCUCCGCAGCACGCAGCAGAUAGUUAUUAAUAGCCAUUUAGUUUCCGGCCGCUACUCAAACUUGCUUCUAUUCAUCACGCAAAUUA